GGAUGAUUGAUCAUAUCCUUGAGGUGGCUUCUGGUCCAGCAAAUAAUAUUCAAUCACACAUGCAUAUAUAGCUAGCCUGUAAUAUAUGUAUGCUCCUUACAGUUUUUCCUUCUCUCUCUCUCUCUCUCUCUCUCUCUCUGGAAGAGAUAGUAAUCAACUAAUGGCGGGUGGUCUACCGGUGAUUGAUUUGGAUGACUUUCCGAGACAAUCACAGAAAUUGAUGGAAGCAUGCAAAGAGUGGGGUUGUUUCAGGGUCAUCAACCACAAGAUCCCAAUUGAUUUGAUGAAAGAGAUGAGGUCAGUGGCAGAAGAUCUUCUUGACCUUCCCACAGAAAUAAAACAGCGAAAUGGUGACGUGAUCGCUGGCAGCGGGUACAUGGCACCCAGUGAGAUCAAUCCUUUUUAUGAGGCAUUGGGUCUAUAUAACAUUUGCUCGUCCAAAGCUAUGAGCGACUUUUGUGCACAGCUGGAUGCUUCCCCCAGAAACUGUGAAAUAAUGAAGAGGUAUGGUGAAGCCAUUAGCAAGCUAGCGAAGGAUAUUGCAUGCAAGCUGGCCAAAAGCAUGGGGCUACCAACGGCAGUUUGUGAUGAUUUGUUUGAAGGAUGGCCUUGCCAGUUUAGGAUAAACAAAUAUAACUUCUCUUUGGCCACCGUAGGUUUCUCUGGCGUACAAAUGCACACUGACUCCAGUUUCCUCACCCUACUCCUUGAAGAUGACAAUGUUGGUGGUCUUGAAAUUAUGGACAAGUCUGGCGAGUUUGUAUCCGUCGACCCCAUCCCCGGCACCCUCCUUGUCAAUCUUGGCGACGUUGCUACGGUAUGGAGCAAUGGACGAUUUUAUAAUGUGAAACACAGAGUACAGUGCAAGGAAGGAUCCAAGCGUCUGUCGAUUGCUACAUUCCUCUUGGCACCUAGGAAUGCGCUGGUAGAAGCCCCAUCAGAAUUUGUGGACACUGAACACCCCCGUCUUUUUGUUCCUUUUACUUACGAGGAAUUUAGACAACUUCGAAUCUCCAAGAAAUUGCAAGCUGGUGAAGUUUUGGAUAUGUUACGUAUAAAAUAAAGUAAAACUUUAAGACAUUUAUUUAAAAUAUAGAAUCCAUUGAUGUUGCCAAAAGCUAUAGCAACAUCAGCCAUGAUGUUAUAGGCUAUUAUCAUAAUUUUCUGUGACAUUUAUCUGGAACUUUAUGCAAGGUGACCAAAAGUGUGUUGUUGAUAUCAA